CGGGAGCGCGCUCUGUGUGGCCGCUGCCGCCAUGUUGUUGUGGUUGUGAGAAGGCGGUGGCAGGCGGCGGCGGCAGCGGUGCAGCCGGACUAGACGCUCCUGCGGCCCAGGCGCUGCCCCCCCGCCAGCCCUGGCUGGGAGCCUCGUGGGGGUGGCGGAGGAGGCCGUGCCGUGCCGAGCCUCGCCAUGUCUUGCUCCCUGAUUUCCUUGUGAAACCUUCUGAUAGAAAAAGUUCUCAGUACAAACUUCAUUUGAUCUCGGCAUAAGAGAAAGAAGAGCUUUGCCAGACACUGAAGAAGGGACGGGGAUCUCUCCUCCUAAUCUGGGCCUCCUGUCAUGGAUGAAGAGACUCGGCACAGUCUUGAGUGCAUCCAGGCCAAUCAGAUCUUUCCCAGGAAGCAGCUGAUUCGGGAGGAUGAGAAUCUUCAGGUUCCUUUCCUUGAACUUCAUGGAGAGAGCACAGAGUAUGUGGGUCGUGCUGAGGAUGCCAUCAUUGCCCUUUCAAAUUAUAGACUUCACAUCAAGUUCAAGGAGUCUCUUGUUAAUGUUCCAUUACAGCUUAUAGAAAGCGUUGAAUGCCGAGAUAUAUUUCAGCUUCAUUUGACUUGCAAAGACUGCAAAGUUAUAAGGUGUCAGUUCUCAACCUUUGAACAGUGUCAAGAUUGGCUUAAGCGACUGAACAAUGCAAUCAGACCACCUGCUAAAAUAGAAGAUCUCUUCUCAUUUGCAUAUCAUGCUUGGUGCAUGGAGGUCUACGCCAGUGAAAAAGAGCAACAUGGAGACCUGUGCAGACCAGCUUCCUGCUCCUCACUGCAGCUGGCUUCUUGGUGAUGCCUCUGUAUUAGAGCAUUAGUCUAGAGUCUUGACAGAUGAUUGGGCAGUUCAACUACUAGUUUAGCAUCAGGGGAGCAUGUAACGUCAAGGUUUAAGAAUGAAGUGGAGCGAAUGGGUUUUGAUAUGAACAACGCCUGGAGGAUUUCUAACAUCAAUGAGAAAUAUAA